GAUUCUUUACAUGACCGUAGGCCUUUAAGUGGACUCGCUACGAACUACGAACUUUGAAUAGUCGGCGGGCAGACGCUACACACUAAAAACACGACCGCUCUGUGUCUUACAAAAAGUCUCUCAUUUAAAAAAAGAUGGCGAAUAAAAAGUUUCUUCUCUCAAGGAUUGUAUUGUAUGCGGUGGCAUUGCUCUCGCUGUGUGCCGCAGCUGAGAAUCGUCGGUGCUACUGGUGUGGUCCCCUAGCCGAGCAGGUGCAUCGCAGUCAGCGCGCGCUACCGUGCAGUGGAGGGCAAAUGCAGGUCACCGUCUGCGAUCCUGGAUACCAGUACUGCGCAGUUGUCGCCACCUCGCCGCCAUACAAGGAAUCAAGAUACUGUGUCAAGUUAUAUCAAGAUGAGUGCUAUGCGCUCUACUGCAAUUCUACCAAAACAUGGCGGAUGACUUGCCCGUGCCGCGGAGAUCUAUGCAAUGGACCUAACACCGAACGCGAACUGGAAGCAUUCGCAGGACUUGCGAAGAUCGUAUCCAAGACACACAACACCCGGCUUAGACGAGCCUUAGUAACUACUGGACGGUUCAUAAGCUUGAAUCCUAGAAGAAACAGAAUAGACAACGCGACUGCAGAAGCUGUUGUAGAAAUUGAAAGGGAUAUCAACGCAACUAACGUUAAUAUUGAUCUGGAUAAUGAAAGUCACGACGACAAUGUAGCUAAUAACGUAACAGAAGCAAAAAGCAAAGAACAAGUCGUUGAAACGACUCAAGUUAGUGCUGAACUUCAAAAUAGUGAAGCUUCUAAUAACCCUAGUGAGAUGAUGAUUGAACCAACAAACGUGAACACUCAAAUGAAUGAUUCCGUCAUACAAGUUGAUAUUCCUAGUGAAAAUAUGGAAACCAGUAAUCUGAAAACAGAAAUUAUUCUAUUGAAUAACGAAACUGAUAAGGAUGUUGCUAAACCAAACGAAAACAUCCCAGAAGUUCAGACUACUCUUGAAGUUACAACACAGACAACUGUAGAAACAAAAGUUAUGACAGAAACAAAAGCUAUGACGGAACCUACCCCAGAAGUAGUAAAAACGGCACCAACUGAAGCUAAGUUUAACAAUCUGAAGCCAAGUGAGCAGUUACCUACUGCAGAAGCUUUUCAAUUUACUGACGCACCAACAACGAAAACUACUGAACGUGUUAUGCUUACAAGCACAACCCAAACGACGAUGCCACCCAAAAAUAACACCGCCACCCGCUUCGAUGCACACAUACUAACGCUAGCCGUCGGCGUCAUUCUAAAUUAUAAUCUUUAAGCAUUUAACUUCAUAUUUUAUUGCUAGUUUUAGAAUAAUUCAUUGUCAAAAGUUGAUCUCUGUAAGUGAAGCUUUAAUUGUUAGAAAUUUAACGUAGUAUAGUAGCGCUCAUUCCAUGUGAUAUUAGCAUAGACAAAUUGUAAAUAUUUUCAGCAAUAUUUUUAGACAUUAUGUAGAUGUGAUUGGCAUUGGCACAAAAUAAACACGCACAGAAAAUGUAAUGUGUUUUAUU